UAUAUAUAUAUAUAUAUAUAUAUAUGAGGUGAUAACAAAACAGUGUUUGGCUGAGGGAAGUUCUUAAAUGAUUGUUUUUAAGAGUUCAUGUCUUCCUUUAUCGAUACAGAGCCUCAGCUGAAGGGCUGAAUAUGUAGCUAGCUGACUUUGCUAUGGUUUAAAUUUGCUGACUCCUCCCAUUUUGGUGUUUGCACCUCCAACAACCUCCAGCAGCAGCUAGCUACGGUAGCAAGAAGCAGGGACAUUUCAAUAAAAAGCUAUAUUUUUAAUAAAUAAUUCCUCCGCGGGGCGUUUAGAGGUGUGCAGAAUUAAUGUACGGUUUCUCCUUUAAAAGCUAUAUUUAAAAAAAUAAAUAAUGUAAACACUGGGUUUAUGUUUACAUCUACCAGCCAAUAGGGGGCACUGCUGCGGUAAUAAAAUCCCCUCUGCAACGCGAGGCUGAGUAAGAUGGCGGACUCGUUAGGUCAAGCAGCUGGUUCUGAGCCCAGAAAAUGUUCUAACAGUAAAUGCUGCUGUAAAAUAAACGUAUUAGUAGAAAUUAGUCCUUACCCUGUACGAUCCGUCACUGAACGUGAAGCUGACUCGUCACUUCAUGUAUCAGCAGUGAAUCAACACCCCGACGACUGGAAAAUAUGUUCUGUUGUUGCACUACCACCUCUAAACACUAGAUGCCGCUAUAGUGUUCAUGAUUCAUAUUCAACCUUUAAACUGUCAGAAAGGAAGCAUGACGUGGUUUUUUACAUGGGACCUGAUGGUCAUCUGCAGCUGAAAUGAGCUACACUGUCUAACACUACCAGGCUGUUUCUUCUGGAGCAACCAUGUGAUGUGAGGAUGGAGACUAUGUGAGGGUUUAAAGUUGCUUUAGAGUGGAAAUGGUCAAACAGCUGCUAAUCUGUGUUUCUCCAAACCGAGAUCUUUCAAACAGCUGUCAUUAUUAUUAUUAUUAGUAGUAGUAGUAGUAUUAAUGCCUUUACAAAUCAUUCGUUUCAUAACCUCACCAUCAGUUAUUUAUCUAAAACAUGAUUUUUAGAAGUAAACAACGACACCUAAUCGAUCCAGAAUUGUACAAUUAGAUGUUUUUGACAAAUCCUUUCAUGAAAGCUGACCAGCUCCAGGCUGGCAUAGAAAGGUCCUGUAAAGUUAACCCAAAGAUGGACUGUCCUGUUUUGCUGGGAGUUUCCCUCUCUUCUAACCAGAGCGCUUCCCCCGUAAACUGCUACUGAUGAAUUCUUAUGAAGUAUUUUGUAACACGUGAACCCUCGUGUGAAAAUCCCAACGAGUCCCUCAGCAGGCUGGGCUCUUUUCACUCUUUUGUACUUUAGCUAAACACUAAAAGCAAUAUGGUGAAGAAGCCUUGUUUUAUAUUGUGUCCAUGUGUUUGAGCAUUAGAUUCAAGGGCUGUGUGUGUGUGUGUGUGUGUGUGUGUGGUGUUCUCAUGUCUCGUCACGGUGCCAGACUAGAGUCAAGCUCAACAGGGUCUUCUUUCCCCGCUGAUUCUGCCAAGCCCGUUCCCUUGGCUGUGGUUUCACUAGAUAGGAGGUAGGGACAGUGGGAAUCUCGUUCAUCCAUUCAUGCGCGUCACUAAUUAGAUGACGAGGCAUUUGGCUACCUUAAGUGUGUGUGUGUGUGCGUGUGUGUGUGUGUGUGUGUGUGUGUGCACGCGCGUGUGUGUGUGUGUGUGUGUGUGUGUGUGUGUGUGUGUGUUUGGAUGCAGGCAGGUAAUCAUCCAUGUUUCUAUUUUUCAUGAACAUAGAGACAAAGAGAGGUUCCCUCAAACUGCUUCCAUGUUUUCAUCCUCAUGAAAAGCUGUCUCCUCCUCCUCCUCCUCCUCUCUCUCUCUCUCUCUCUCUCUCUCGUCUUUUUUUUUCAUUUUACUAUCAUCUUUUUGCGCUGUGGCCAGAUGGAAACAGCAGCUACCUGUCAGCCUGAAUAAAAUGUGCAGCAAUUGUCCAGUUUGCUUCUGUAUUUUCUGAUCGUCUUCACUUCAAAUCUAACAUCCAUCCACCCACCCAUCCUCCAUUCAUUCAUUCAUUCAUUCAUUCAUCCAACAAUCAUCCAUCCAUCCUCAAUUAUCCAUCCAUCCUUCAUUCAUUCAUCCAAAAAUCAUCCAUCCAUCAUCAUCAUCCAUCCAUCCAUCCAUCAAUUAUCCAUCCUUCAUUCAUCCAUCUCUAAACCAUCCGUCCAUCCAUCGAUCCAUUAUCCUAAUUCAUUAAUUUAUCCAUCCAUCAUCAUCAUCCAUCCAUCCUUCAUUCAUUCAUUCAUCCAACAAUCCUCCAUCCAUCAUCAUCCAUCCAUCAUCAUUCAUCCAUCCUUCAUCUAUAAGUCAUCCAUCAGUCCAUUCAUUCAUCCACCCAUCCAUCAUUCAUUUAUCCAUCCAUCAUCAUCCAUACAUCAUUCAUUCAUCCAUCCUUCAAUCCAUCAUCAUCCAUCCAUCAAUCAUCCAUCCUUCAAUCCAUCAUAAUCCAUCCAUACUUCAUUCAUCCAUCCAUAAAUUAUCCAUCAAUCCAUUCAUCCUUCAUCCUAAUUCAUUCAUUUAUCCAUCCAUCCAUCAUCAUCAUCCAUCCAUCCAACAUCCAUCAUUAUUCAUCCAUUCAUAAAUCAUCCAUCCAUCAUCCAUCCAUCCAACAUCCAUCAUUAUUCAUCCAUUCAUAAAUCAUCCAUCAAUCCAUUCAUCCAUCAUCAUAAUCCAUUCAUUGAUCCAUCCAUCAUCAUCAUCCAUCCAUCCAUCCAUCAUUCAUUCACCCAACAAUCAUCUAUCCAUCCUUCAUUCAUUCAUUCAUUUAUCCAUCAAUCAUCCAUCCUUCAAUCCAUCAUCAUCCAUCCUUCAUUCAUCGAUCCAUCAUCAUCACCAUCCAUCCAUCAAUUAUCCAUCCUUCAAUCCAUCAUCAUCCAUCCAUACUUCAUUCAUCCAUCCAUAAAUCAUCCAUUCAUCCAUCCAUCAUCCAUCCAUCUAUCCUUCAUUCAUUCAUCCAUCAAUCAUCCAUCCUUCAAUCCAUCAUAAUCAUUCAUCCAUCCAUCCAUCAUCAUCAUCAUCCAUCAAUCCAUUCAUCCAUCAUCAUAAUUAAUUCAUUUAUCCAUUCAUUCAUCCAUCCAUAAAUCAUCCAUUCAUCCAUCCAUCAUCCAUCCAUCUAUCCUUCAUUCAUUCAUCCAUCAAUCAUCCAUCCUUCAAUCCAUCAUAAUCAUUCAUCCAUCCAUCCAUCAUCAUCAUCAUCCAUCAAUCCAUUCAUCCAUCACCAUAAUUAAUUCAUUUAUCCAUCCAUCUAUUCAUCCAUCAUCAUUAUCCAACCAUUCAUCAUCCAUACAUUCAUCCACUUCUACAUUCACUCAUUCAUAAUCACAAGUGGUCUGCCUCCAGCAGGGUGAUGUUUUUAACCUCCCAGCUCUUCCGAAUCUUUCAGACUGAUUUUGACCAACAGUUUUUCAGGUUCUUCAAAAUGUUCUUUAGAAUUUUUUUCAUCACACAGCUUUGUCACUAUUUCACUUAUUUUCAUUCCUGUCACCAAAUUUUACACUUUAACUCAUUUAACCUCAUUUCUAAUCUCUGGAUUAUUGAAUGAGUAAAUUUUAUCUGUACACUAGAAAUGUCAAAAAUGGUGGUGUCACCUGAAAAAGACCAAAUUAACCGUGUUUAGUCUUAAAGCAGCAGUGAGGGGAUUCCCACUGGGCUGAAAUCCCAUUUUCAGGUCUUUGAUGGAAUCCUCCCUCUUUUCUGCUUGCAGCUCUUCAGAAACAGAUUCUGUUUACUUGUUGUUUUGUGGUCAAACCAUUAAAAACACUCCAGUUCUGGGAUGAAAAAACAGCCAAAGGAGAACCUGGAAGGAAAACUUUAGAACUCUUGGAGAACCACUGACCCAUCCCGCUCUUUGGACUCCAACGUGAAAUCAAGAGGAGUUUCCCAUGACACUAACUGUUUCUGUCUGGAUUUUGUUUAGCUAUGGUUCUCACGAGGUUGGUUAUUUUUACCAUGUGACCUCUCAUGAAUGAUGGAUGCACUGGCAGAACAGCUGGUCCAGAGUUAGCCAGCUCUGAAACCCCCCCCCCCCCCCCCCCCCAACACACUUUCUAUUUUCACCUCAGGACUAUUGCCUUCCUCUGAUGACGCUCUCUUCCCGUUUCUCUUACUUCAUUUCCUUUUCUAACUCUGGCUAUGGAGGCCUUGUCUUGGUGGAUAUGCUACAUUUCUUCAUCAUCGUCUUCCAUUCUGUCAUUUCCAUCCUCAUCAAUGCCUUGACCACUGUAGUAGAUUUUGACCUUGUUGAUUUGGUGACAGAAGGCUUCCAGGAUUUCAUGGAGUGUUUGAGUCCCAGACAGCUGUCUCUCAAACAGCUGAAGGAAAAGUUCCUUCAGGCCCUGCAGGCCAACGAUGCACAGGAGGUUCUGCAGAUUCUGCACACUGGAAAACUAGACAUCGACACUGUGCUGGAAGUGGAUGACCCAAGCAUGGUUUUAGCAUCAUACAAACAAGGAUAUUGGCUCCCGGGGUACAAACUGGAGAAGUCCUGGGCGAUGGGCAUCCAUGUGUGUGUGAUGUACAACGCUGUGGAAACAGCUCUGGUGCUUCUCCAGAAGGGGGCAGCGAUCAACCAAAUGCCCAAUGGGAAGACGCCGAUGCAUGUGGCCUGUGAGGUGUCCAACAGGGACUGUGUGGCUCUGCUCUUGGCUCAGGGGGCAAAGGUCAACAGCUUGUCUCUGAGUGGACACACGCCUCUGCACUACUGCAUCACCAGGGACUCUGUCGACUGUGCAAAGCAGCUCAUCCUCAAAGGUAUAAACAAAGAUUCAAACAAAAACACUGAAAAUUCUCACAUUUACAAAAAAAAAAUUCUCUGUGAAGGUGCCAGGGUCAACAAGGCCAGCCACAAUAAGGAAGAGGACACACCUCUACACGCAGCAGCCAGAUUUGGCAUCCCAGAGCUGGUGGCUUUGUUUUUAGCCCACGGAGCAUCUGUGGAUGCCCUCAACGCCUACCAGGAGACACCGCUGAUGACUGCAGUAUUUUGGGCAUUUGACUCGAAACAGCAAAUCUACAGCCAGGAUCACCAUUUAGUUUGUCGCAUUCUGCUGGACCACCGAGCAGAUCCCAACGUUAAAGAAGACGACCAUAAAACAGCUCUGCACAAGGCAGCCUGGAACUGUGACCACGUCCUGAUGCAGAUGCUGCUGGAGGUCGGAGCAGACGCACGGGCCAUGGACAUCAACGGCUGUGCCCCCAUUCAGUAUCUCCUGAAAGUGACAGGGGUCAGGCCCAUGGCUAUUCCUGAGCUCUGCUACCAGCUGCUGCUGAACUACAGUGCAGCGCGGAUCUACCCUCCACAGUUCCAUAAGGUGUUGCAGUCCUGCUGCGACUUUCCUAAAGCUGUAGAAAUCAUGGCCAACUCAUACGAGCAUCUAAAGCCAACCAGAAAGUGGAGAUCAGCUAUCCCGGAUGACUGCUACGAGCGACACAGAGGCUUCUACGACUCGCUGUUUGCCGUCUGCACCAACACACCACGCAGCCUGCUUCACCUCACCAGGUGUGCCAUCAGAGCAAGUCUGAGGGGGUUUUGUGGAGCAGGCGUUCCAUGGCUGCCUCUUCCAUCGUCCAUGAAGACGUAUCUACUGUUAGAACCUGAGGGGAUCCUGUACUGAUGGACAGGCAUUUAUUCACAGGGUUGGUGUCUGAGAAGAACGAUGCUGGCUGGAGAAAAUGCAUCCGUUUGGUUGUUUUUGAUGAGUGCUGCUUUAUGUCAACGAUGAUCCAAACUUACCCUAACCCCUCCUCUCCGUUCACAUGACACCCACUUGAUCAUCCACUCCACAUCGAGUGUUUGCUUUUCCAGAGGACUGCAUUAUUCCAUGGACAUGAUCCAGUUCCCUCACAACAGAAGUUCUACAAAUAGAAACAGUAACUUAAUACUGCUGUCAGGCUUUAUCAAGAAGGAGGAAGGCAACCUGGCUAACUAAGUCUAUUUUUGUUGUGUUUAGUGACACUCACCAGUCUGAGGAUAUGGUUCUUCUGAUGCAACUGGUAAAAACCCACAAUCAACCAAGGCUCAGAUCAGCAGACAUAACCAGUCAGGUUUAAAUUAAAGGAGCAACAUGUAAGAAUUCUACCUUUAAAAUCAAAACACAAAUGUCUCAGUCAUGUUGGAAGGAAGGGUACACUGAUAUUCAAAGAAACAAAAGCAGGAUGUAAUUACUGUUUACACUCUAGUUUGUGAGGUUGCCAAAUCUGCAGUGAGCUAAUGUAGCAGCGCAGGCUUUUGUCAGCACCAGCAGGCAAAAAGCUCCAGAGUUGUUUGAAGUAAACAGGAGCUAGUAAGCCAGUAAACAGGAGUGACCCAGAAGUAAUUUAUUGCACCCAUAAGUAGCCAUGGCAUCGUUUUGUUUUACUCUAAUUUCUGGUUAAGCAUGCUAGAGGCUAACGUUGAGCUAACAAUGAUAAUGAUGAAUUAGAAGCAAAUAGUUGCCUCUAACAAUAUCUCAAGCUACUUUUUCUUUUACCAGAAACUCAAAAUAACUGUUAAAUGUGUGAAAGAGUCGAUUGUGGCGUUUUACUAGCCUGGUCUGCCAGACUCCUCUGUUUAAUUCUGCACAGAGAAAGGGUCUGGGAACUCUCCUAUUCAAAUAACCCCACCCCGUGAGAAUUCUAACCGAGCCAAUCGGCGCUGAGCAGCGUACGUCACACACCAUAACGCUGAGUUUGUCAUAAACAUGGCGACUGAAGCGGCGUUCGCUGUGGCUCUUUCCUCUGGUCUAAAUGACUUGGCCACAUCUUUAAAACCACAACAAGUAGAAGUGCUAAAAGCCUUUCUUCUUUAAAAAAAAAAAGAUGUUUGCGCCGUUGCCAGACACUAUUUUUGACCACAGCUAGAAAACUACAGCGUCGCGCGGUACAGUCGGCAUUUCCGUCUUUUUUCUGAGGGGUUCUUUUUGAGCUGCCUAGUCCCGCCCCUCGAGUGCCUCUCUGCGCAGAAUUAAACAGAGGACGAGUCUGGCAGGUCAGGCUAGCAGUUUACUUCCUUGAGUCAAACUACAACAGCAAGCUAACAGUAAGACAGCAAACAACAACACUUUCUAUGAUGCUGGAAGCAUACUACCGUAAUAAGUGUAGUAAGUUCUCCCUACCUUAAAAAUAAGAGUCUUAGUAGUAUUUUUUUACUUAUCAGCUCACUGUGCAUCACUCGCCUUUGCUUCUCAACUAGAAAUAAUCCAUAACUGGCAGCAGCCAUGAAACUCAUGGAAUGGAAGUGAGAGUAAUAUUUUUGCUUUAACCCUCCCACAUUGUUAAUAAGAUCAGAUGGGCCCCAGGUGCUUUUUUAUAUUUUUGGUAGCGCAUCACUUGACCCUUGCCAAGGGAUAAACUGUCAACCAUGUUUCACCACCCCCGGCCUGGAGGGGUCAACAAGCAAGUGGAAGGGAACAAAUGGACUGCAGUGACCACAUUUGACCACAGGGUGACAGUCUUACAAAUUGCACCUUGGGCUUGAUCAGAGGUUGGGUGUGAUAAUUAAGGUGGUUUUGUUUUUCAAGAAAUAAAACACAUUUUUCUACCACG